CUCUCCGCCCCUCGCCUCGCGCCUGCUGACACAGAGGCUCACGCUCCCCAGCUGGUAACUGUGUGAGGUGAGUGCGCGGCGGCCCGGUGAGCGGAGUGUGCGACCGGAGAGAGAGAGAGGACACCCGGCCGGGGAGAAGGUUUGAUAUUUGUCGCGUUGAAAAAUAAAUCCAGGUUUUCUCCAUGAUUUUAUUAAGAUAACCGUUUGGAGCAGCCUUAGAUAUUAAAUGACAACAUGAGUUUGCUUAAGCCAAGUGGGCUUAAAGCUCCUUCCAGAAUAGCAAAGCCUGGAGCCACAACUGCUAAAUCAUCUACUGUUGCUGCUGCUGCUCCCCCUGUAAAACCAGUAGAAAAGCCAGCUAGUCCACCACCUGCAGAAGCACCUGAAGGGUUUGUAGAUGACUUUCGAGUCGGAGAGCGUGUAUGGGUUAAUGGAAAUAAGCCUGGGUUCAUUCAGUUUCUUGGAGAGACUCAGUUUGCUCCAGGACAAUGGGCAGGGAUUGUUUUGGAUGAAACAAUUGGAAAAAACGAUGGAUCGGUUGCUGGUGUCCGAUAUUUCCAAUGUGAAGCCUUAAGGGGAAUUUUUACUAGACCUUCAAAGUUGUCAAGGAAACCAUUGGAAGAUGAAACCAAUGGUACCCAAACUGAGUCAAGAGCUACCUCACCAACCUCCAUGUCUUCUACAAAUGUGUCUCCUGUGCCAGCCUCUCUGGCAACUCCUCUAAAAAGUACUUCAUCCUCUACUAAGGAGUUUAUUACCCCUGCACAAUUAAGUAACCUCACCCGAACCACAAGUGAAUCUAUAUCAAAUCUGUCUGAAGCUGGGUCGGUCAAAAAAGAACGAGAGCUCAAGCUGGGCGAUAGAGUUUUGGUAAGUGGUUCAAAAGCUGGAGUUAUACGGUUCCUGGGGGAGACAGAUUUUGCCAAAGGAGAAUGGUGUGGAGUUGAGCUAGAUGAACCUCUAGGAAAAAAUGAUGGAGCAGUGGCUGGUACGAGGUAUUUUCAGUGUCAGCCAAAGUAUGGCUUGUUUGCCCCUGUACAUAAAGUUACACGGAUUGGAUUUCCUUCAACUACCCCAGCUAAAGCUAAAGCCACCGUAAGAAAGGUACCUGCGACGCCUACAACGCCAGCAUCUCUAAAACGCAGUCCAAGUGCAUCUUCUAUAAGCUCUAUGAGCUCAAUUUCAUCAUCUGUGAGCAACAAACCAAGUCGCACUGGGCUGUUAACAGAAACCUCCUCAAGAUAUGCAAGAAAAAUAUCUGGAACCACAGCUCUCCAGGAGGCUCUGAAAGAGAAGCAGCAGCAUAUAGAGCAGCUUCUGGCUGAAAGGGACAUGGAGAGGGCUGAAGUUGCAAAAGCUACAAGUCAUGUCGGAGAAGUGGAACAAGAGUUAGCUGUCACACGAGAUGGACAUGACCAGUAUGUGAUGGAAAUGGAGUCUAAAAUGGAUCAGUUACGUGCUAUGGUAGAAGCUGCCGACAGAGAAAAAGUAGAACUGUUAAACCAGCUUGAAGAAGAAAAGAGGAAGGUGGAAGAUCUCCAAUUCCGUGUUGAAGAAGAGUCCAUUACCAAGGGAGAUUUAGAGACGCAGACCAAACUGGAGCAUGCCCGCAUUAAGGAGCUUGAACAGAGCCUGCUCUUUGAAAAGACCAAAGCUGACAAACUUCAAAGAGAGUUAGAAGAUACUAGGACCAAAACAAGGCCAGAUUCUUUAAAAGUGGCAACGGUUUCUGAGAAAUCUCGCAUUAUGGAGCUAGAGAAGGAUUUGGCACUGAAAACGAAAGAAGUCGCAGACAUGCGUCAGAAGCUUGUGGAAGCUAGCAAGCAAUCUACUGAUGUAGAUGCAUCACUUUCAUUGCUGCAAGAGAUUAGUUCUUUGCAAGAAAAUAUAUCAACACUUAGCAGGAAACAUGAGCAAGAAAUUCAGUCUCUGAAAUGCAAGCUCGAAGGUACAGAGGGCGAUUAUGAAAGAGAGUUGGGCUCAAUGAAAGCAUCUGUAGAAAAGCUGUCCAAAGAGAGUGACACCUUGAAAGUAAAGCUCAACCAUGCCAACAAGGAGAAUGCAGAAGUGAUAGAACUCUGGAAGUCAAAACUAGACUCCGCAAUCAGUUCACAUCAGCAAGCAAUGGAAGAGCUGACUGUUUCCUUCAGUAAAGGUACAAAUGCAGAAACCUCUGCGUUGAUUGAACUAAAGGCCCAGAUUGAGAACCUAAAGUUAGAACAUCAAAAAGAGACUGAAUCUCUGAAAUCUAGGCGAGAAGCAGAGCAAGUCGAUCAUCUUAAAGAAAUAGAAACUUUGAAGUCUAAACUGCAAGCUUAUGGGGAAGAGAGAGAAUCAGAACUUGAAUCACUACAAUCUAAACUGGAUUCUGCAGAGGAACAACACUUAAUAGAAAUGGAGGAUACGUUAAAUAAGCUCCAUGAGGCGGAAAUAAAGGUAAAGGAGCUGGAGGCUCUGCAAGCUCAAUGUACAGAACAAAAGAAUGUAAUUGAUAGGCUAAGAUCCCAAGUAAAGGAUGCAGAGGAGAGGCUUGCAAAUACUGAUACUAUGCAGAAAGCCGAAUCUGAAUUUAAAGUUGAAAUUGAGAAGCUUAAGGAGAGACUUGAGGCAGCCGAAGGGCAAGUUAAAAACCUUGAGCAUGAAAAACUUGUAGAAAGUGAUAAGGCCAAUAUCUUACAAAAAGAUUUGAUGGAGCGUAAUGAAAAGCUUGCUGCCUUUGAAAGCAAAAUGCUGUCACUGGUUCAGGUCAAAGAAACUUUUGAAAAAGAAAGUGAAGAUUUGAAAAAAUCAUUAAACACCUCUUCUGAACAAAAUGAGGUCCUUCAAAGAGCUAUGCAAGAAACCAUAGGUAAAUUAAAUGAGAGAGAACUACAAUGUGUUGAAAUAACCAAAAAAUUGGAACUGUUGCAACCUCAGUAUGCUGAGUUUGAAAGGAAGGUAAAAGAAGGUGAGGAGAAGAAGGAGAGUUUGCUGAAGGCAAAAGCAAAACUAGAAAAUCAAAUAGCAGACAUGAUUCAGUCUUCAGGAGACAGCUCUGCUCAGCUUUCAGCACUAAAUGAAGAACUACAGUCUAGGGAAAGGAAUUUAGCUGAUCUUCAAGCAGAAUUGUCAAAAUCCAGAGAAGCUGUAAAACAACUGCAAGAAAAUAUUGAACGAUUAACGUCUGAAGCAACUCGUUGCUCUGAAGAAGCGCAAGAGUCUCAUCGGCUAGCAAUAAAAGCAAUGACUUCUGAAAUAGAAAGCUUGAAACUGACAGUUGAAAAACUUCAGCGGGAGAAUAAGGAGAUGCAGACGUUAAACGAAAAAUCUAUUGCAGAUUUAGUUUCCCAACAUCAAACUGCAAUUGGUGAGCUGAAACAAAAUCUGCAGGUGAAAGAGGAAAUGUGCAAAGCUGCGCAAGCAACACAGAAUAGUAUGGUCCAACAAAUGGAAGAGCUGCAACAGCAAGCAGAACAGGCCAAGUCUUUAACCUGUGUGUUAGAAUCCAAAAACAAAGAGUUUGAACUUAUGACAGAAGAGAUAAGGGGUUUGAAAAUGGAAAAAGACUCAUUGUUCAAGGAGGCAGAUGCUUUAAAGCUAGGAAAGGAUUCUCUGCUUUCAAAGAUUGUAGAGCUUGAGUCGUGUAUAAAUGUGCUUCAGCAAGAGAAAAUGGAGCAUUUAGCACUUUUUGAGCAAGUAAAAGCUGAAAAAGACAACAUUAUGCAUGAGAAGCAGGAUCUUGAAAAUAAAUGUAGCACAUUGAGUAGUGCUUCUCAAAAACUGGCUUCUGACAAAGAAAAUUUGACAGCUGAGCUUAAUAGUGCCAAACAGGAAUUUCUGAAACUCAGUUUGGUGUGUGAAGACUUGCAGUCUUCUGUUACUACUAUGGAUGCUGCUGUGAAAGAACUUCAGUUAAGCAAGGAGGCACUAUAUGCAAAUUACAUUGAACUGCAAGACAAAAAUCAGGUAAUUCAGGAACAGCAGAUAAGGCUUGGAGAAGAGAAGAUAAAUCUUAGCAGGGAAAAAGAUGAAAUUAUUGAUAUGCUGAAGAAAAACAUAGACAAUCUGAUGGCCAAACAGAAACUUCUAGAAAUAGAAAUAGAUGAUCUAGAAGCAGGUAAAAAACUGUCAUCCGAUCAAUGUGUGGAUCUGGAGGAAAAGAUGGUCGUCAUAGCUGAAGAGAAGGAGAUGCUAAUCAAAACCAUUGCUGAAGUCACCUCUGAAAGGGAAGACCUUGUUCUAAAGCAAAAUCGGUUAAAUACAGAAAUUGAGAGUUUAUUUACAGAAAAAGAAAAUUUGGCUCUGGAACAUAGUUCUAAUGUAGCAGAACUGGCUAAUGUGCAAUCACAACUGGAUGUGUUGGUUCAGGAAAAUCUAAAGAUUGUUGAAACAAGAGAUGAACUGCUUAGAGCACUUUCCGUGCUUGAAGAGGAAAAUCUGAAGUUGGAGGAACGUCAGAAGACAAUAAUAGAUAAAAAAGUCUCCAUUAUUGGGGAAAAGGAUGAAAUUAUUCAAAAUCUGAAAGGCUCAAAGGGUGACUUGGAAACCAAACACACUGAUCUGGUCAAGGAAAUGUCCGCACUGAAAGCAGAACAUGAGACAACCCUAGCUAAUAAUCUAGAAAUGGAGGAUAAGUUUUCUGAGUUAGUUGUUAAACAUGACCAGUUACUAAAGACAACAGAUGCACUGUCUUCAGAAAGAGACAACCUUCUAUUAAAGCAAAAUGAAUUAAAUGUAAAAGUUGUGCAACUGAUAGAAGAAAAAGAUAGAUUGACUGCAGAUUACAGUGAGCUGACAACUAAAGUUGCAGUGACUAGGAAAGAGCUUGAUCGGUCUAGAAAAGCCAUUGAAGAGCUUCAAAUCACCAAUGAAAGUUUAACAAAAUUGCUUGAAGAGAUAAAGACCAGCAGUAGUAUAUCUGACUCGGAACGUUUUAAUUUGCUUCAAGAAAAGGAGGUUCUUCUGUCAUCCGAGCGGAAGCUUUCUGCAGAAAUAGAUAAUCUUUUAAAAGAAAAACAAGAGUUUGUAGAGAGCAGUCAAAAGUCUGCAGAAGAGGCUAAAUGUGUCCAGGAAGAAAUGAUGGGGGAGAUUAAUAACCUAAAAAAUGCAAAAGACCUUAUUGCUCUUCAGCUGAAUGAUGUGAAAAAGCAGAUUGAAUCUGUAUCAGAAGAAAGAACUUAUUUUAAAUCCUUGAAUACUGAACUUCAAUCCAGACAGGAAUUAGUUAUUGCUGAACUAGAAAGCUAUAAGACCAGAUUGGAAAAUUCAGAAGCAUCAAACCUUUUACUGUGUCAGGAGAAGAGCAGGCUAUUACAAGAAAUUGAAUCCUUAAAUUUUAGAACUGUAGAUGCAACAAAACACAGUGAGGAACUGAAACAAACUAUUGAAAGUCUAACACUGAAACUGAAAAAAACUCAAAAAGACAAGUCUGCUCUAGAAGUGGAAUACAAUGGGAUCUUGGUAGAGAAAGAGUCUUUGCUGAAGGAUUACGAUAAAUGUUGCCUAGACAGAGAUUUGUUGAUAAAAGAUAGAGAUGGCUUGCAAGAAAAAGUCAGUGAGCUUAAGGCAAGUUUUAAAAGUUUUGAGCAAAGGUUAGCAGAAGAGAGAGAAACUUUUAAAAAGGAAAAGGAUUCCUUAGAGCUCGAGUAUGUAGACUUUCAGAAAAGCUUAGAAGAUGUCACUGGAGAAAAGGAGCAGAUACUUCUACAAAGCAAAGAGGUUCAGUGUAAGUAUGAGGCACUUAUGGAGGAGAAGAGAACUGUAGAUGGUGCAUUAAAUACCCUUACACAGGAAAAGGAGAACCUAGAACUUGAGAAAAAUUGUCUGUCUUCUAAGUUGGAAGAGCUUAAUAAUGAUUAUGCUUCCUUCAAAACCUCCAAAGAAAAACUUCAAGACCUGUAUAAUGGUGUUUCCAAAAAAUUGGAAGAGCUCUGUUGUCAACAUGAAAUCAAAGAAAGCGAAAUUGAACAUCUACAAGAGGAAAAGUCUCGCCUUAUGGUGGCACAAGAAACUUUGGAGAAGGCAAACUUAACUGUGCUAGCACAAAAGGAAGACACCAUGAAGAACUGUAAUAAGAUGUUGGAGGAAGUGGCAGCGCUAACUAAAAGCAAAUAUGAAGCCACAGGUCUGGCUGAGCAGUUAGGAGCCCAAUGUCAAGCCUUGCUGAGUGAAAAAGAAGAGUUAAUGUUAAGGUUUAAUGAACUUCAAGCUCAACAGAACAAGAAAGAAGCAAAAAUACACGAGGCUUCUCAGAUUGCGGAAGAAGCUUGCCAGAAAAUUGAGCAAAUAACUUCCGAAAAAAAUGCGCUAAUCAAAGAGAGAGCUGAGACUGUAAUUGCGAUGGAAGAGCUGAAGAAACUUAGCAACGAACUAGAGAAAGAAUUGAAUUGCCUGAAAGAGCAGCAUAAAUCAGCUGCAGAACAAGUAACCAAGACUAAUGAACAACUUAAAGGGGAAUGUAAGAAAACUGAAUCUCUCAAGAAAGAACUGGACGAGCUAAGGCAGGCGGCUGAGCACAAGUCCCAGCAGUUAGCUGCUCUACAGGAGGAGAACCUCAAACUUGCAGAGGAGCUUGGAAGGAGCAAAGAAGAAGUAUCAAGUAACCAGAAGCUUGAAGAGGAGCGAUCGGUUUUAAAUAAUCAGCUGCUAGAGAUGAAAAAAAGGGAAUCUAUUAUUAAGAAAGAGUUUGAUGAAGAGAAGACAUUUCUACAGAAAUCUCUCACCAGUACGAGUGCCUUGAUCACAGAGAAGGACAAAGAACUAGAAAGACUCAGGAAAGAGAUUACAUUGCUUCGGGGAGAGAAUGAAUCUGCAAAAACCUUACAGUCAGCAGUAAAGUCACUGGAGUCUGAAAAACUCAAGUUGGAGAAAAAAGUGCAAAGCCUCGAGAAGCAACUGGAUGAGAACAAAACACAACUCAGCAAUCUGUCAAACUCAUCAGGUGAUGCCUCAUUCAACAGUCAGUACCUGGAGGAAAAGUCAUCCAUGGAAGGCCAGAUUGAAUUUCUCAAUUCUGUCAUCAUUGACCUUCAAAGAAAAAAUGAUGAUUUAAAACAAAAGAUUGACAAGAUGGUCGAAGCAUCGCUGAAUGGAAACAAUGUGGAAGAUAUGGAUAACUAUGACAGUUUGAAUGGUACUCAAGCCAAAAAGAAAGUGCCCCCUCGCUUGUUCUGCGACAUCUGUGACUGUUUUGAUCUCCACGACACAGAAGACUGUCCAACGCAGACCCAGUUGCCUGACUCUCCACCUCAUUCCAAUUUCCAUGGUAACAGAAAAGAAGAGCGUCCAUAUUGUGAUAUCUGUGAGGUAUUUGGUCAUUGGACAAGUAGCUGCAAUGAUGAUGAAACUUUCUAACCUAGCGUCAUUGUACCCUUGGAAAUACAUCACUUUAUCCUUGGAAGUGUAUCUACCGCACCAGCAUUCAUAUGCACAGGCUUCUGGAAACAUUUACUACUUUUUCAGUUACACAUAUGCCUAUCGCUUCCCUGCACUGGCUGAAAAGGGGCUGCUAUUCUCAACCAAUGAAAUCAUUGCUUCUUUAUACCAUUUAAGGGCUUCUAAGAUCUCAUGCAAUCUAUGCGUGUGCUAACAUUCACCCAAUGUUAUUACAUUAAUAGGAAGCUUUUGUUUGAUAUUUGCACUUUUGAACAUAUAAAUGCCUUCAUUGUGACACUGGAUGUAAACUACAUAUCAGACUUUUCUUUCACCAGUCUAAAGAAUGGUGAACAGAUGAAAGAAAAACUGGUUUUCUAUGAUUACCGGUCCUGAAAAUGCCUACAGUUGCACAUUUAACCUGAACAAAUGUAUACUGUAUGAAAAGGUGAACUUGACGAUAGCACUUGUCUUUGGUAGCACAAUUUUUAGUGUGGGAGCAUCUUUUGCAGUGAACAGACUCAAUGGCAUGGUCAUUAAUAUAUUCUUCACAGGGAAUUAUAAAGGCAUCACGCUGGUAAUGACAGGUGCUAGAUACAAGUCACUUUGCCCUGUGUGAGAUUUCCAGUAUAUCUGUAUGAAUUAUGACUGCUGCCCGUUCAGGGUCUGAAAAGAGCGGUCUCUCGUUUUACUGCAUUCUUCACUAUGUCAGGCUUCAUACAAUACACUUUUAGGUUACGUUUUUGCGUUCUAUAUCAUGUGCUGCUGACUCUUCUCAGCCAGGUAAUUGUGGAGCUAAGCAUUGGUGAAUUUAUCUGCCAAAAUACUUUCUUCAUAGAUUAUGGACCUAGAGGUGAAGGUGGAUUGGUCAUUUUUUUAAUGUUGCAUUUCCUUCAUAAA